UGUCAAACAUGGCCGUCUUGAGUCGUAAUUUUUUCUAAAUCAAAAUAAAAUCGAAUUUUUAACAAGAAUCCCUUGCCUGAGGAUACCGGUUAUAGCAUUCAUUUGUGUCGAUUUUAAGGUAAACUGACAGAAAAGAAACUCCAGAGAGAUUUUAUCCCCUUAAAUGACGACUGACUGUGCCAGCAAAAAGAUGUUAUGACAAAGGGUGUCAUUAGGGCCAUAUUGAGGGUAGAAGUACUUGAUAGGGGAAGUCACAUGUCAUGACGUUGUGCCUGCCAUGAAGCGACGUUUUGUAAUUGUGCUGCUGUCGAUUAUAUUCUCAAUAUGGACGUACUUAAAUUAUUACCUAAUCAGUUCACAUACGCAACAGGACGGAGUCUAUGGUGACCCCUCGCUCAAGAAAAAGUUGUUGUUGCUACAACGACAGAUACAACGCCAGGUCCAGGUCCACGAAAACAUUCUAUUACAGUUGGAAAAAGAGAAAGAAUUGGUGCAAAAGAAUUUUCUCGAUGUAUUGAAGUCUUCUCAAAAUGAAGACACCAAAAAACCUGUCCGUGAAGUCGGCCAGACGCUGAAGGCCAGUACGAUAUCUGACCCCGCUCAAGGCAAGGUGACAGAGGGUGCGCCCCCUCCUGCCUCGACCGUGUACCGACCAGCCGUCAUCGAUAUCAACAAGGCUGUGAUAGCUGUACUCGUGUUUGCCUGUAACCGGGUGACGGUGAAGCGUAAUCUCGAUCAGUUAAUUAAAUAUAGACCAUCACCCGAGCGCUUCCCAAUCGUCGUGUCACAGGACUGUGGCCACGGGGAAACUGCUGCCGUCAUCCAAUCAUAUGGACAUCAGCUCACUCAUAUUCAGCAUCCUGACCUAAGCAACAUCCAACUGCCAUACAAUCAGAGGAAGUUCAUGGGUUACUACAAGAUCGCCCGCCAUUAUAAGUGGGCGUUGAAUCAAGUUUUCCAUUCGUUAAACCAUUCUACUGUGAUUAUUGUUGAAGAUGACUUAGAUAUAUCUCCUGAUUUCUUUGAAUACUUUGGUGCGACGUUUCCCAUCCUUCACUACGACUCGACGUUAUGGUGCGUGUCUGCCUGGAACGAUAAUGGCAAAGCCAACAUGGUAUCAGAUGAAGCAGAGCUGCUGUACCGGACAGACUUCUUCCCUGGGUUAGGGUGGAUGGUGGAGAAACGCCUUUGGUUGGAGUUGGAGAAAAAGUGGCCAAAAACUUUUUGGGAUGACUGGAUGAGACAUCCCGACCAGAGACAAGAGCGAGCUUGUAUACGACCGGAGAUUAGUAGAACAAGUACCUUUGGAAAAAUAGGGGUUAGCAAGGGACAGUAUUUUGAGAAACAUCUGAAGUUCAUCAAGUUGAACACACGCCAUGUGCCUUUCACGAAGUUAGAUUUAUCAUUCUUAAAAAAGGAGAACUUCGAUGAGCUCUUCGCCAAAAAAGUGUACAGCAGUCCAUUGCUCAGUUUAACGCAAGUCAUUCUGAAUCAAAUACCAAGUGGAUCAGUGUCUAUCCGAUUAGAAUACACAACUAAAGCCGAGUUCAAAAACAUGGCGAAAAAACUUGGGAUUAUGGACGAUUUAAAGUCUGGAGUGCCUCGGAUGGGUUACCGAGGCGUAGUUAGUUUUAUGAGGAAUGGUAAACGUAUCUAUCUGUCUCCACCAGCGAAUUGGAAAGGAUAUGAUCGGUCAUGGACGUGAUAGUUUAAAUACUCAUUGGGCAUGCUGGUACUGGUACUUAGUUUCAUAAUUCAGGGCGAUAUCGACCCGGAGUUUCAGUUUCUCAAUUUGUCGAGGAACAGAUUGGCGUUCCAUAUUACCGAGUUGGCCAGACCUCUUAUAAGGUGACAGGUAUAUAACAGGUGAAGACAGUUUUUUUUUGUAGAUCAUGCCAUGAGUGGAACUUAUUUCCACCAUGAUAGGGGGGACUUCCUUCUUCCCUCAGUUUCCCAUCUCUGUGCGGAGGCCUACCUCGUCAAGUUGGGAAACUUCUCUCCUGGGCGAAUAUGGAUAUCUGGUGAUGGGGAGGAAGUUUUCGAUUUUGAUGACUCAGCACUUAUGGAGAUUUGAAUUUUCUACUGCUGACCAUGAGCAUUUUGCCUGGUUUCGUUAUUAUGUGCUGGUGGUGAAGGCAAUCAGACGUUAAGGGGGAUAAUUUAUUAGUCCAAAGGUUCUCAAUGGUGUUGGAUAUUUCUGAGCAUGUUGGGUUGUUGACCAAGUGAAAGGAUAGUGCUGAGACUGCUUUGUUGAGAUAGCGAAAUUUUACAACCAGGUUUUGCUUUAGUGCGCUCCUCGCGAGAAAACAUGACAAACAUUAUCAUCAAUCUUUAAGUCAGUCAUAAAUAGUCAUAAAUAGUCAUAUUCCCCACUGUACAAAUGGAAUGACCCAAUCCAUUUAUUUAAGACAAAGUGGGUCAUUCUAUUUGUGUAUUUUAGGGAAGUUUGCGAAUGUUUGUUGAGUGUUUUGCUUUUCGUGUGAAUAUAUUUUUUGAUAUAUUGGUACAUCUUUUAUGUGGAAUCCAGAAAAUCAUAUCAGUUCGGGAAAAUCCGUUUUAAGGGAACGUUUCGGAUCUCCAAAACAUUCAGGUUUCGUAUCUCCGAAAUGUUUCCAAACUACGAAACCUCAAUGUUAGUAGUGUGUUCUUGUUUUAGGUGGCAGCACAUACGAUCUUCCGUUUUACCGGGGAGGAAUUGUUUUGAUGGCGGAUUUUUUUUAAAUCUUGAUUUUCAGAUGUUUUUAGCUUGGAUUGUGGUCAAUUUGUCAAAAACUUAAUCAUUACGGUUUUUUACUCAUUUGCUAUCAUUGAAUUGCUUUUCUAAGCGGUUUAUUUGUAAUUUUUGCAUGCGUAUUUCAUUUUAAUUUUCGUUCCGAGCUCCGUUAAGUUUCGAAAAUCUGAAACCUGACGGUCCCGUAUGUUAGGGAAUUCUAAAACUUUGACCCCAAUGUUUCAUAUCAUCGAAACGUUUCGUAUUACGGAUUUUCCCGAACUGAUAUUAGCGCAUUCAUUACUAGAUGAAGUUGCUGAAUUCAACGAAUGACUUUUAGAUAGCUGAGAUACCACAAAGGGCAGUGGCUUUAAACUCAUGUCAAUCCAUAAAGAUCCCAAAGCUGCUGGAAAUGGCCAGCGAAAAUAUGUUUCCUGACCUGGGCCCAGUUCUUCAAAACAAAUUUUGUCACUAACGCUGGCGUUAAAUAACUUGGCGUUAUCUCCUUCAGUUAAGCCCUUAGACUUAACGUCAAGUUAGGUUAACGCCAGCGUUACUGACAAAACCUGUUUUCAACAACCCGGCCCAGGUGCAUCCUCGACUUUUUGACACCAAAAUAUGUAGCGCUUUGUUGAAAGGAAGUGUAUCACUGUAAAUCUAUUUGGUAUCUGGGGCGGCGUCAUAUACUUUGAUCUGGCUUUUCAAGGCCAGUAAGUUAGUAAAAGAGAUUUCCGUUUGCCGAAUUCGUUUCAGCUUGGUGGCAAGUUAUCCAGUUGAUAGUUGGGCAGUUAAUAACCUGAUAACUCCCUGAUAACUCAGAGUUAUCAGGUUAUAAACUGUCAAACUAUCAAUCUACCUGGAUAGAUGAGUCUCCAUAGUGAUAUCCAGUUGAUAUUCACUUGCUCUUCAAUGAAGGUAUCUUAGAUCAGUAAAUCUAGAGUAAUGUAUCCAAAAGUAAAAGCCACUGUAGUCCAUUCGUAAAUGUUAUGACCCUCAAAAUGACCAUUGGACUUCGCUGAAGAAAAUUACUGACCAGAGAAUACUGAAUUCCUAGAAUCCUGUUGGGCCCUGAGGCAAGGAUCAAUAAAAUCCAAAUUUUUGGGUUGCGUCAUUUCGCCGUUCACGGGCCUUUGGUGUAUAAGUCGCACUUCCGUAUAUAGGUCGCACCCCCCACUUCGGCAGAAUUUUUCAAUGUAAAAAGGUGCGACUUAUACACCAUCAAAUACGGUACAAUGAAAUCCGACUAGUAAGUAGUUCGGCCUCCUGAGCCCCAAACGAUUUGGAGAUAUCAAUUGAUUUACGAAUGGACUAUAGUGGAGUAUAGUGUAUUUACCGAUAGUUGUAUUAUCAAAAACCGCGUAUGUUUUCUGUUAUCUGCAAACCCCCCCCCCCCCCCCACUCUGCUGAAAUGAACUUGCCCAGCUAUGAUAUUUUGCAUGAAGUGGGGAAGUUUAUUUUCAUUGAACAGGUGUGUUAGUCAGUAGAGUGAUUGUAACAGUGUAGUUCUGAGGCUGAUGUUUUGUUUACGAGAUGAACAGAUUUGACUUUAGUUCCACAUACUGCAAACUGAAAAAUUUCCAUGUCGUUUCAUUUUUUGCAAUUUAUGAAAAUUUCUUUAAGUCAGGGGGCAUCUACUAAUUUUGAACAGUUGUAAAGGUGGGUUUGAAAUUAUUUGAAUGCCCCCAUAUGUAAAAUUGGCUCAGAUAGAGUAAAGGUUGAUAAAUUUUGUACAGUCCUAUGUGAUUCUAUGUGAUUCAAAUUUGAAUUUGACUUCAAAUUUGAUAUUGUUUUCUGAAUAUUGGAUAUCAAUGUACAGAGCGUGUCAAAAAGAAUGGUGCGUACAGUUUACAAAGUUUGGCAAUCACCGAUUGGCUAGUGAAUGGGUGUCCCAAGAUGGAAAAAAAAUGGUUAAACACCAAUGAAACAUCACAGUGUUGGAGUUUCAUCAAGUGAUCACAGAAUAACAGUUCAUUUCAAGAAAAACUCCAAACUUCUUUGUUUGUGCUUCAAUUUGACGUCUUCAUCUUCGAUCUACCUGAGCUGUAAUGAUUGGACAACCAAGGAUCGCCAGUGUUUUAUACGCGCAGGUCACCUAUCCAAUUCACAACCGCGUUCGAUGCUGCUUUACUUCAAGCCCUGGGGAAACGCGUCAACCACUAUCUCAUAAAGGAAAUCCCCCACGGCCUAAAUAUCGUCAAAUUGUAAUUUAACCCUUUAGAUCCCAGCCGGCAUUAUCCGGCCACUGACUUUCAUCGAUAUAUCCCUGACCGGCCCCUCGCCGCCCGCCAAAAUGUACCUAGUCUCGAGCGACACCAUCGCCAUCUAUAUUCAAGCAAUGAAACUUGAGGCCGUUUUUUCGGCUGGUAAGGGAUAUAUUGAUGAAGUAAUGUAGAAAUUUAGUGGCUGACUUGUACUAGGGUGCUUUGGGGGGUCUUUUUGGUAGAAAAAUUGCUGAAAUAUCCAAGGAAAUAUGGGGAAACGCAUAAAAAUAUCCCAGGAUCUAAAGGGUUAACAGCAGUGUAGAUCAAGAACAUGUCUUCUUCUACUCUGUGGUUUCGAUGAGAUUUUUCAACCAAACAUUGUAAGUAAUAAGUGUGAAAAUUAAAUUAUCACUAUUUUCUAUAGAAAAA